AUGGACAAAGAACUAAGCUCAACGACUAGGACCAAGAAGAGGUUCACAGGCAAGGUCCGUCUGUGCAUUGCCCGCUACAGGUGAGUGGAGGGAGCUGCUUUGAGAUGCCUUACACUACAGUGUCCUUUAAAAAUGCAUCCGUGCACAGCCCAUUUCAGCAGUGUUUUCCACCCACAGUGUCCCACUGAGGUUUGAACUCACCUCUUAAUAAUGAUGCAGUGCUCUGCUCUCACCAAACAAAAUUGCCCAGAACAAAGGCAAAUACAUGAAUGAAACCCAGUGCUGUCCACCCACACUGUUUCUCGCUUUUAGCAUGUUGGAAAAUGUUAUAUUUUAUAUUAGUUGUUUUAAUGCAGCACUCAGCAAUUCCCCUUUCACAGAGUCACAUAAGGGUACUGCAGGGUUUGUGUCAAAAUGUCAACUGUGCUUGGAUUUGUUUGGAAAUGGUUGGAUGUGAUUUAGCUAGGCAAUGUUGUCAAAUUUUGCCACAAGCUAAUUGUCCAUACACUGUUCCUAGUAUUGUGCUUAAUUAUUGUCCCUUUUUGAACCUGGGUUUUUAACUUUAUUUUUUUAAAACCUGAAUUCAUCAUCUAGCCUGAGAUAAUUAGCCUGAGACAUUUCCAGUUGUGUUGGGUUCAGAGCAGCAACACGGUGAGUUCAUCAGCUUGACUCUAUUGUACUCUACUCUUUAUUUCCCCUAGUUAUAACCCCUGUAAUGGGCCCAAUGAGCAUCCUGAGGCAGAGCUCCCCCUGGUGGCAGGGAAGUACCUCUAUGUGUACGGGACCAUGGAUGAUGACGGCUUCUAUGAAGGUCUGAUUUCUCACUGUAUUUUACCCUCUCUUUGUUAGAAACCAAUCCACAUGAUUAAAAAAAUAAUAAUAAUUUCAGAGCAGAAUGAUUGUGGUUGCUAAGAGAUGGCAUGGAUUAUGGGAUGUAUUUACUGUAAGGUAGAUGAGACGAGGAUUAGGCAGUUGUGGAUCAAUCAGUGCUAAUAUGGCUUUUACGAUUGUCAUCUCUUCACUGUACUGUGAGUGCUGUUGUCAAUACUACUUACUGCUCUUCACAGUGAGUGUUGUUGUUAAUACUCUCUCUGUUCCUCAGGAGAGCUGCUGGAUGGACAGCAGGGCCUCGUCCCUUCCAACUUUGUGGACUUUGUUAAGGAUGAGGAGAUGCCUUCUGCUCAGCACAGGGACGGGGCCAAAGAGUCAGGCUACCUCAGUAGUAACCACAGCAGCCUGGGCUCCACAGGGCGGGGGAGCAUGGGCCUGAGCAGCAUCAGCAGCCUGCUGUCUGACAGUAAGCUGGACCCGGAGACCAGCCUAGAGAGAAAUAUGGAGAGAAACCUGGAGAGAAACCUGGGGAGUAACCUCAGUUCCACUUUGGGUUCCACUCACUGUUCCACUCUGGGCAGCAACAUGGGUUCAACUCAUGGGUCCACUCUGGGCAGCCACAUGGGUUCCAGUCUGGGUUCCAGUCACGGUUCCACUGGCCUGGGUUCCAGUCUGAGCAGCACUCUGACUAGCCUGGGCAGCAGCAGCCUGGGCAUGGACUUUCUGGGCUCCAUGGGUUCCUGCAGCAAUGGGACGGGGACCCUGGAUGUCAGCAUUGACGAGAUUGGUGAAAACAUCGUGCCUUACCCUCGCCGCAUCAAUCUGAUCAAACAGCUGGCCAAGAGUGUGAUCGUGUGCUGGGACCCUCCGGUGGUGCCGCCCGGCUGGGGCUCCAUCAGUGGCUACAACGUCCUGGUGGACAAGGAGGUGAGGAUGAGCGUGCCCUUUGGGGGCAGGACAAAGUCGCUCAUUGAAAAGCUCAACCUGGACACCAACACCUACCGCAUCUCGGUGCAGAGCAUCACGGAGCGGGGCCCGUCUGACGAGCUACGCUGCACUCUGCUGGUGGGGAGGGACGUGGUGGUGGCUCCUUACUACCUGAGGGUGGACAACAUCACACAGACCUCUGCUGAGCUCUCCUGGCAGCCUAGCAACAGCAACUACAGCCACACCAUCUUCCUGAACGAGGCUGAGUAUGACAUGGUGAAGGCAGGGGCCUACAAGUACCAGUUCUUCCAACUGAAGCCCAUGACUGUUUACAAGGUGAAGGCUGUGGCGCGGACACACCAGAUGCCUUGGCAGCUGCCUUUGGAGCACAGAGAAAAGAGGGAGAUCUCUGUGGACUUCUGCACCCAGCCUGCAGGUCAGCCCUCCUACUAUCUCUCCCUCUCCCCCAUCAUUAAAACCCAAACUUAG